UCCAACAUGGCGACGUAGGGUUGUUUGUUGAACUAUGCGUAGGUCACGUUGUUUUGGUUCCAUAACUUGGCGUGUUAGAUUAAAAUCGCGCUCAUCACGCAGCAGAACAUGACGCUGAUCCUUCGCCUGACGUCCGUCCGGAGUUUCCGGGUGACCGUACCGACGCUGGGGUCGUCUGCUGGUCUGGGAUCGGUCUGGUUUGGAGGGUGUCCGACGUGCGACAAACUCAGAACCUCAGCUACACGGUACCAGAACUCUGUUGGCUUCCGGACAUAUGCAAAUGUGGCCGCAAAGAAGAAGGACCCACGCCUGGAGUUGUACACAGUGUUGUCAUCUAGAGCCCAACAGCUAAGCAAGCCAGAAAAAGGUGAAGUGGUCAGACAGAGACAGAAGAAACAAGAGAUACUGAAGACGAGGAAGGUGUCUAGUCACGUAAGACUCGAACCUGUGAUGUCCCCCCCUCGCCCACCAGAACACACGCUUUCACAGAGAGGUCUCUCCAGCAAAUCCAACAUCAACAUGUAUACAUCUGACCAAGUGGAAAAGAUGCAAUCGUCACAGAGAAACGUUAGCGCACCAAGAUGGCAGACGCAGCACAAGAAACCUUUCAGAAGCGCUCCCAGAGUCACGGAAUCAGUAGUAGAGAAAGAGCUGGACGUUCUCGAGGAGAUGGAGGAGGAAGAAGCUCAGGAGAAAUUAGAUGUCUCAAGAAGACAGGAAGAGAUGGAGAAGAUGAAGAACGUUGAGAGGAGGCAGAAUGAGGAGCAAGCUUACAUCUUGUCAUUUAUGGAAGCGUGUGUGUCUAUAGGAGAGGUGGAGAGAGCUACUAGAACCCUACAUUACUUGAAGAACCAGAAAAAGAAAAGGAAACACUUAAAUGCUGAUAUCUACAAUGUGGUGCUGAAGGGAUGGGCUAAACAGGCUAAUAUGGACAAAAUUCGGCACCUGUUCUUCAUGAUGACCAAAGAUGGGCACCACCCUAACCUACAGUCCUAUGCAGCUGCACUGGAGUGUAUGGGCAGAGCUGGACUGACAGGUGCCGUGCCUAUGAGAUGUGUGAAACAGAUGUACAAGGAGGGCUUCAACUUGGAGAACAUUUUCAGGGAUUGCACCUUCCAAGCUGAUGAACAGGAGUACAUAUUAAAGGCAAUACAAGAUGGUUGUGGGAUGGCAGACUUCGCCCCACCACCGCUCCCUUUGCCCCAGAGGUGUACAACAGAUCUGGUAUCAUCUAUCUAUGCGGACAAGAGUAACGAUAACUACAGCGAUACGUCCUUGCAGGCCCGACCCUUGUUUACAGAAGAGGAGGUUGUAGAGCGAUGUAACGCCCAGCUGGAGAUGGAGACACAACAUUGGCUGAAAGUAGAGUCUGUGGAGGGGCAGAGACAGUCCAGUCAGGAGGUCCUAAAGUUGCGAGAGCUUCUCCAGACCCACAAGACGAUGUGGGAGACUGGUUUGCUGCAGGCCUUCAGGACACUCAAGAAACAGAUGGACAGACAAAGUAAAGCUAAAGGCCAGGUGAACAUCUAUCCUUUCCUCUGUGUGCUGGAGGAACAGGAAUAUGUGGACAUGAUGGUGCAGGCAAUCUGCCUUGUAGCGGUGACCGGUGACCCCCUGCUGAUCAUAGCGCGCGACCUCGGCACGAAGAUCCAACAGAAGUACCGCAUCAAGCAGAAACUACAGAGUGGCAGUGUGGAAAAGAUCAGACAGAUUUACCAGGACUACUGUAGCUUCAUGGUAAACAACGUGCAGGGAGGCAGGCCUGGUCAGGCUCGCGAGCUGUGGUACCAACUGGAGGGGGACCACAGUGUCAGCCCUGUAGUGGGUGAUGAGUGUGCUUGGCCCAUCAAUCUGAUCAUCAAUUUGGGAAGUCUGUUGGUAGAUGUGAUGGUUCGAGAGGUGAAAAUCGACAAUAAUCUCUUCAGAAAGACCAGUGAACAGAAGCUGAUACCUGCCCUGUACCACAUGUACACCUAUAGGAACAUCAAACAAGUAGGCAUUAUUAAGCCCCACCCCAUGCUGGUACAGUUAGUAGAAGGUGCCCAGGACACCAGCCUUGUGUUUGACAGCAGUCUACUGCCCAUGCUCAUGCCUCCGGUGCCUUGGUCUUCUGUCAAGAAGGGCGGCUUUCUGUUGUCUCCAACUAAGUUGAUGCGAUCCAAUGACGCCACGUUACAACACGAACUACUCCUGGAGAAAGUCGGGACAUCGGAGUUGUACCCAAUCCUGGACUCUCUCAACCAAUUGGGAGCCUGUGCCUGGAAAAUCAACCAACCAAUCCUGGACUUGGUUAUUCAAGUGUUCAACAACAAGGGCAGUAAGGAGUUGGAUAUUCCCCAGCCAGUCUCAGAGGCCCCUACCUUCCCCAAAGUGGGAACGGAGAUGUUAACCAAUGGAGACAAGCAAGCCAUGAGGAAACAAAUGGCUCAAGUGCGGAAGUUACGCAGUGAGAUGCACAGCCUGAGAAUGGACAUGCUUUACAAACUGUCCAUUGCUAACAGGUUCCGUCAUGAGAUUUUCUACUUUCCCCACAACAUGGAUUUCCGGGGCAGAGUCUAUCCGUGUCCUCCUCACUUCAACCACCUAGGCAGUGAUGUGGCCAGGAGUAUCCUGGUCUUUGCUGAGGGACAUCCCCUGGGAGAAAAGGGACUGGAUUGGCUCAAGAUCCACCUGGUCAAUCUUACAGGCUUCAAGAAAAAGAACUCCCAAACGGAAAGGUUAGAAUAUGCAAAUGAGAUGAUGGAGGAGGUCCUUGACUCUGCAGACCACCCCAUGAUGGGUCGUAAGUGGUGGAUGACGGCAGAUGAACCCUGGCAGGCCCUGGCCUGUUGUAUGGAGAUCGCCAACGCUGUGAGGUCACCUGACCCUCAGGCUUACAUCUCACACUUCCCUGUACACCAGGAUGGUUCGUGCAACGGACUGCAACAUUACGCCGCUCUGGGGAGGGACAUCACCGGCGCUCACCAGGUUAACCUCAUGCCUGCCGAGUCCCCACAAGAUGUCUACAGUGGAGUAGCCCGGCAGGUGGAGAAACUACGAGCUACGGAUGCAGAACAAGGGGUGAAGAUUGCUCAGGUGUUGGACGGCUUCAUCAACAGAAAGGUGGUGAAACAGACGGUGAUGACGGUAGUUUACGGGGUGACGCGGUACGGCGGCCGUCUGCAGAUCCAGCGCCAGCUGAAGGACAUCCCAGACUUCCCGCAGGACCACGGGUGGGAGGCCUCGGGAUACCUGGUCAAGAAGGUCUUCAUGAGCCUGAGAGAGAUCUUCACUCUGGCCAGAGAAAUCCAGGACUGGCUGACAGAAAGUGCCCGCCUGAUCUCCCAUGUUGGCUCGGCUGUGCAGUGGGUAACCCCCCUCGGCCUUCCAGUGGUACAGCCCUACCACAAAGUCAAGAACAAACUGGUCAGAAAUGAGAUACAGAACAUCAUCUUGAACGUUUCCAGUGAUACCUCAGAACGGCCAGACAUCAUCAAACAGAAGAAUGCUUUUCCUCCAAACUUCAUCCACUCCUUGGAUUCCACUCACAUGAUGCUCACCUCCCUCCAUUGCCAACAGGCUGGAAUCCAGUACGUGUCCGUCCACGACUGUUUCUGGACGCACGCGUGCACCGUGGACACCAUGAACCGGAUUUGCCGCCAGCAGUUCGUGGUGCUCCACAGCCAGCCAAUCCUGGAGGACCUCUCAAAGUACCUCCUCGCUGAGUACGGAACUCUGCCGUCCGAACUCGAGACUUCUCCAACCGCGGUUUCUAAACACGACAAACUCAUGGAGGUGCUAGUUGAUGUGCCUUCGAAGGGGGACUUCGACUUGAAUAGGGUUCUAGACUCAACAUAUUUCUUUAGCUAGUUAGGUUUCUUUUACAGUGACUUCUGAAGUAUUUCAGUUGAGUAUUUAGUGCCAAGAUGAUAUUCCCAUACAGGUAUUUCCUCCUUUGAGUACAAAUGUAUGCCUAACUGGUACCCUUCUAUGGUAGUAAGUAUUGUAAUAAUACAUUAUUUUUCAAAAUCUCAUUUUGCAUUAUUGUUCUCAAUGCUUCAAUCCUGGA